AUGGCGAUCGCGGCUGUCGGUCAAAUCUGUUCCACGGCCUCUCUGUCCCACAACCUAGAGCAGUGCGUGAGGCUCGUCGCCAAGGCCGCUGUCGGUGGUGCCAAAGUCCUCUUCCUCCCCGAAGCCGCAGAUUACAUCGCCUCAAGCCCGCAAGAAUCCCUCUCCCUAGCUCAACCGCAGUCCCAGUCCCCCUUCGUCCUCGGCCUCCAGGAAGCAGCAAAGACCCACUCCGUCGCCGUGAACGUCGGCAUCCACGUCCCCACAACAGACGCCCAGAAGCCGGCCGUAGCCGUAGACGCCAUCACUACCACUCCAAAGCUCCUCAACCGUAGCCUCUGGAUCAACGCAGACGGCACCAUAUUCCAAGCCGCAACCUACGAUAAGCUCCACCUCUUCGACUACGGCGCCCUCCGAGAAAGCGCAACAGUCCAAGCCGGCCCCUCACUCACGGCCCCAUUCCCCACCCCGGUCGGCCGCGCCGGCAGCCUCAUCUGUUUCGACCUCCGCUUCCCCGAACCGGCCCUCGCCCUGACGCAUCCGGGACCCAAGAGCCCCUUCCUCCCUGACAACAACGGCGGCCACGGCCCCGCCCAGAUCCUCCUCUACCCUUCCGCCUUCACCAUCCGGACGGGCCAGGCGCACUGGGAGACCCUUCUCCGGGCCCGCGCCAUCGAGACGCAGAGCUGGGUCGUCGCCGCGGCGCAGGUGGGCGCGCACAAUCCGAAGCGGAGCAGCUACGGCCACAGCAUGGUCGUCGAUCCCUGGGGCCGGGUCAAGCUGGAGCUGGGCGGCGUGGACGCCGAUGGCAGGGCCGAGGAGGGCGCCGAGGGGGCCAUUGGCUUUGUCGAUGUGGAUUUGGACGAGUGGGCUAAAGUCAGGGAGGGUAUGCCGUUGGCUAGACGGACGUGA